AUGCCAAUUUGUGUACCUGUUCUGUGCUUUGGUAAGACCUACACCUGUGAUUUUAUUCUUAUGAUCAAAUAUGACUUUCUUGAACACAAGGAAUCAGCUUUAUUCAAGAGUAGAAUGGGAAUUGAAUUUUGCAACUUGGUGUCCAAGUUUUAUCUAUUUGUCAUUACAUCAAAAGGUCAUAUAGCACUUUUGAAAGGUGUAAUAGUAAACAAAGUUAAGAUCAGGUUGUCAAAGGAAGAGUGUGAGAUUUUGCAAGGAUGUCCCCACCCAAGCCGAAAGGAAACCGUGCAUCACAUCAACAACGUCAUGGGACUAAUCAUUGUAUGGAGCAAGAAAUGGCAAGUCAUCUUCACCCCUGAGAAGACCCAGGUCACACUGAUAACGCGAUGCCAGGUUUUCUUUGCAAACACUCUGGCCCUGGUGAUGGACAGCAAGACCCUUGCCUACAACAGCACCAUCAGCAUCCUAUGGGUGCAGAUCGAUAAUCACCACACCCUCACAGACCAUAUCAGGGGAAUGGCAAAGAAUGCGGCGAGGAAACUGGCAUGCAUCCAUCAUAUCACACCCCUCCUUGAUGCUAAAGGCUGCUACACGCUCUACCACACCCAGGUUCGUCCAGUUAUGGAGUACUGUCCCUUGGUGUGGUCCUGCUGCCCUUCAUCACACCAGCAACUGCUAGACAGGGUCCAAAAUUGA